AUGUCGCUCGCCCAGGGUAUCGCCUCCAUGGCCACGCAGAUGAUGAAACGUGGAGAUGACGAUUCCGAUCCCGGAGGAGGCGACUCGGCCAAGGAGGAGGUAUUCAAGGCCUGGGCCAUCUUCAUGUGCAUCAUGCUGCUCAUCGCUGCCUUCUUCGCCAGUUAUGUUCUCCAGCAGAGGAAGAUCACCGCCAUCCACGAGACUGUCGUUUCCAUCUUCGCUGGCAUGGUUGUCGGUCUCGGGCUUCUUAUUUUUUCAGGCGAUUCUGUUCGCACUAUCAUCAGCUUCGACUUCCAAUUCUUCUUCAACCUCCUUCUGCCGCCGAUUAUUCUCGCAUCGGGUUAUGAACUCCACCAGGCCAAUUUCUUCCGCAAUAUAGGCAUUAUUCUGACCUUUGCCUUCGCUGGAACCUUUCUGUCCGCCGUGGUCAUCGGCCUGAUCCUUUUCCUCUUUGCGCUGCUGCCAGGCACCCCGGACUUGACCUUUGUCGAUGCCAUCUCGGUCGGCGCCACUCUCUCAGCGACGGACCCCGUCACCAUCUUAGCUAUUUUCAACGCGUACAAGGUCGACCCGAAGCUUUACACCAUCAUCUUCGGCGAGUCUAUCCUGAAUGAUGCCGUCGCCAUCGUCAUUUUCGAGACCGCCCAAAAGUAUAAGCAGGGUGGGGACUCUCACAGCUCAUACGGCCUGAUCAGCUUCUUUGAAGGAACCGGCAUUUUCUUGCUCCUCUUCUUCAGCAGUUUGGCAAUUGGUGUUGUUGUUGGUGUCGCUACAGCUCUCCUGCUCAAGUUCACUUACAUCAGGCGGUUCCCCAAGAUCGAAAGCUGUCUUGUCCUUCUCAUCGCUUAUGCGACGUACUUCUUUUCUCAUGCUGUUCAUCUGUCCGGUAUCGUAUCACUCCUCUUUUGUGGUAUCACCUUGAAACAUUACGCCUAUUUCAACAUGUCGCGACGUACCCAGCUUGUCACCAAGUUUGUCUUCCAGGUCACCUCGCAACUAGCUGAGAACUUCAUCUUCAUCUAUCUAGGACUCGCGUUGUUUUCUGACAGCUCACUUGAAUUCCAGCCACCCCUGAUCAUCGUCACGAUUAUUGCCGUGUGCGCUGCUCGUUGGGUUGCCGUAUUCCCGCUGUCUAAGAUUAUUAACUGGUUCACCAUGUACCGCGCAUCUCGCAGAGGCAUAGACAUUGCGCCGCCUCUUCCAUAUAACUAUCAGGCAAUGCUCUUCUGGGCCGGUCUUCGUGGCGCUGUCGGUGUGGCUCUGGCUGCACUUCUGGAUGGCGGCAAUGCCUACAAGCUGCGGGCUACAGUUCUUGUAGUCGUCGUGCUCACCGUCAUUAUUUUUGGAGGCACGACGGCCCGUAUGUUGGAUAUUUUGGGUAUCAAGACAGGCGUUGUGGAAGAGAUCGAUAGCGACGACGAGUUCGACAUCGAAUCAUUCGGCGGGGGACUGCAGGCCAAGCGUUCCGGCACCGGUAUUGGAUACAAUCCUCGCCGCGCCCGUACUCUCUCCCUCAGUAAUCUUGACAUACAAAGCGGCUCUGCAAGCUACGUCUCAGGUCAUAGGUCUCCUCUGAUAAAGUCUGCCAACCCGCUCAGCCGCAAGAACUCAAGCCGCGACAUCGAGCAUGCCGGCCUCCUCGGCCGCCCCAUCACCGCCGAUGAUUCCGACCUGGGCAGCGAUAUUGACACCUCGGACCUGCCACCGCCUGCACGCAGGUCGCCCAUGCGCAACAGCCCGGCCCCCCAACCCGCCCAACCUGAUAGCAUCUUCGCAACCGAGGGCGGUGAGUCGUCUGGCGCCGGUGGUCAGAACGCGAACCCAAUCACUGCUACCGGAGCCAUCCGACAAUUGUGGGCUGCGGAAGACCCUGCCGGCUUACUCAGACAGAUUGAUGAAGACUACAUCAAGCCCAAGCUACUGCUUCAUGGCGACAAUAAUACACACAAUGGGUCUAGUCCGGGUUGA